AUGAAGUUCUCCACCGCCGUCGCCGCCGCUGGCAUCUCCAGCCUCGUUUCCGCGCAGACUCUGAACAUUCCCACCCGAACCGGCAACAUCAUCUCUCUCCCCCGGCCUUCCUACAUUUCUGGCGCCAAGGACUUCAACAACCAGGAGUUCGACCGUGGUCAGAGCUGUGAGGUCGGUCUCGACGUCGGUGUCGACGAGCCAGUCUUCAUCCUGGAGAACGGCGCGUCCAUCAGCAAUGUCAUUAUCGGUGCUCGCCAGGUUUAUGGCGUUAGCUGCAAGGGUAGCUGCACAUUGACCAACGUCUGGUUCCGCGAUGUUUGUGAAGAUGCCAUCGCUGCCCUCGGAACAGGUGAUGUCCUCGUCAAGGGUGGUGGUGCCCGCAACGGUGCCGGCGACAUCAUCAGACACAAAGGCCGCGGCACUGUCACGGUCGACAGCUUCACCCUCGUCGACUCGGCCAGGCUCUACCGCAGCUGCGGCGACUGCUCCAACAACGGCGGCCCGCGCAACAUUGUCGUCAAGAACGUCAAGGUCUCUGGUCUGAAGUCGGAGCUUGUCGGCAUCAACUCGAACUUUAAUGAUGUUGCCACUGUGUCUGGGUCGUGUGGUAUCUCCAACAAGGUGUGCCAGGAAUACCGCGGAGUCGCGAAGGGAUCGAGCAGCUACAAGGUCACCACCACGGCCAACUGCCAGGGUGCGCAGGGCAAGCUGGCCAACCUUCCUGCUUGUUAA